AUGACAGAUGUCUACUUCUCCCAGUCAGCAGACGGUUUGCCCUUGAAGCUAGCAGGGGAUUCUCAGGAAGCAACAGUAUCUGCUCAAGAUAGAAGCCAAGAUAAGAGCACUGCCAGGCAACUCAGUCACCUGCUGACCUGUGACUGUCCUUUCCUCAGACUCUUGUGGGUCCUGCCCCACGCCGUCACUCUCCCGGCCAGAGCCACACCUACAUCUCAGACCAUCACAGCUGCCACUGCCUCAGCUGCGAUCUCAAAGGACCCCUGCCCCUCCUCACCCCCAGUGCUGCCAACAGCUGAGCCGUGCCCAGCAUUGGAGGUGACCUAGCCAGUGCAAGUGCCACUGAAUGGAACACUGACCUUGUCCUGUAUGGCCUGCAGCCGCUCCCCUCACCUCAGCAUCCUCUAUUGGCUGAGCAAUGGCUCCUUCAUUGAGCCCCUCCCAGGCCAGCUGAGGGAGUACAGCACCAGCCAGGAGCGAAGAAGCACAAGUACCCAGCUGUGGAAGGCCUUAGUGCUGGAGGAGCUGAGCCCUGCCCUGUGAAGCACCAACUUAUCCUGUGUAUUUGCAGACCCUGGACAGGUUGCCUAGUGUCACGUCCCGGCCCAGCUCUGGGAUGGGCUGAGGAUAAGCUGCCCUCUCAAAAAGCCCUGCCUUCUAGCCCAGGGUCCCCGCUGCCCACAUCAGCAGGGUCAGGUCAACACAGAACAGCAAAAGCAUGACCCCGAGCAGCCUUUCCCACCUGCCUAG